AUGGGAGGACUAUCCUUAAGAAAUAAAUCAGAUGAGAUUUUGAGCGGACCAAAAAAUCCAGAAUUUAGAGCAAAUUGUUCAGUGCCGCAAAUCAAUCGUAUUCUUUAUGAGUCACCACUAAUGCAAACUUGCCAAGAUUAUCUUGAUACUUGUCAGCAUGGAGCAUCUCAUAUAAUCUUUUACAUGAUUACAAGCAACCUAAUUUAA